GGAAAUGUUCAUCCGCUCCCUAUUUAAGAAGAAACCCCCGGACUAGCGCCGAGAGAGGAAAAGGUCAGCAAAAGGCCCUGCUUUGCUCUCCUGUCCUGUCUCCGUCGCCGGCGAGUAACUUCGGCAACAAUACAAUGCUAUGAAAGAUGACGGAGGGAAGCUCCGAAACCGACUAUGUCUCAUCACUUCCCCAAGAACCUCUCUCCCAAACGACUCCUCGCCCUCCUCAAAUCCCAGAAGAAUCCUCACUCCGCCCUCGCCCUCUUCGACUCAGCCACCCGCCACCCCGGCUAUGCCCAUUCCGCCGCCGUGUUCCACCACAUCCUCCGCCUCCUGGCAGCCGAGCCGCGGCUCACCGGCCACGUUGGCCGCGUCGUCGACCUCAUCAGGUUGCAGCAGUGCAGGUGCUCCGAGGACGUGGCGCUGGCUGCUCUGAAAGUCUACGCCAAAAGCAGAAGCCCCGACAGAGCUCUAGAUAUGUUUAACAACAUGGAGAGCAUCUUUGGGUGCAAGCCUGGAGUGAGAUCGUUCAACUCGCUGCUGAACGUGUUCACUGAGUCGAACCAGUGGGACAGGGCCGAGUCGUUCUUUGCCUACUUUGAGACGGCGGGUUUGUCCCCAAAUUUACAGACUUACAAUAUCUUGAUUAAGAUUUCUUGUCGGAAGAAGCAGUACGAGAAGGCGAAGAGAGUUUUAGAUUGGAUGUGGGAGAAUGGCUUGAACCCUGAUGUGCACAGCUAUGGAACUGUCUUGAGUGCACUCGCAAAAAGUGGUCACAUGCUGGGUUCACUGAAGCUGUUCGACGAAAUGUCUGAGAGAGGGGUGGCACCUGAUGUUAUGUGCUAUAAUAUUUUGAUUGACGGGUUUUUCAGGAAACAGGAUCUCGAGAAAGCUACUGAGGUGUGGGAGAGGUUGGUGGAAUCUCCCUCAGUUUAUCCUAAUGUUGUAACUUAUAAUGUUAUGAUUAAUGGGUUGUGCAAGUGCGGUAAGCUUGAUGAUUGUUUGGAAAUUUGGGAUAGGAUGAAGAAGAAUGAAAGAGAGAUGGAUUUGUUUACUUACAGCAGCUUGAUUCACGCUUUGUGUGAGGUCGGGAAUGUGGAGGCAGCUGAGAGAGUUUGCAAAGAGAUGGUCGAAAGUGGGGUUCCUGCAGAUCCGGUCGUGUACAAUUCAAUGCUUAAUGGGUAUUGUAAAGCGGGGAAAGUGAAGGAGAGUUUCGAGCUGUGGAAGGUGAUGGAGAAGGAGAGUUGUUGCAAUGCUGCCAGUUAUAACAUUUUUAUGAAAGGUUUACUCAAGAGUGGUGAUGUUGAUGGAGCAAUUUCGAUAUGGGAACUCUUGAAAUCAAACGGUGUCCCUGCUGAUUCAACAACUCACGGAGUCAUGAUUCAUGGGCUGUGUCGGAAUGGAUAUGUGAAUAAAGCUAUACAGAUAUUGGGAGAGGCAGAAGGUGAGGGGCUCGAUUUAGAUGCUUAUGCUUAUACCUCUAUGGUCAAUGGAUUAUGCAAGGAGGGGAGAAUGGACGAAGCAUUUGGUAUGCUGGGACACAUGUUUAAGCUUGGGUUUAGACUGGAUGCUCAUGUUUACAACCCUCUGAUUGAUGGCCUUGUCCGGACUUCUAAGUUCAAGGAUGCAAUUUGUCUGGUGAACAAAAUGGACAGUAGAUAUUGCUCCAGAACAAUCGUCACUUACAACACUUUAAUAAAAGGCUUAUGCAAGGCGGAAAAAUACGCCGAGGCAUACCUAUUUGUGAAGGAAAUGUUAGAGAAAGGACUCAAACCUGACAAGAUUACUUAUAGCUCUUUGAUGGAUGGCCUCUGCAAGGGAAAGAAGGUCAAUAUGGCCCUUGAGUUGUGGGGGGUAAUUCUUUCUAUGGGUCUUAGACCUGAUGUCACUAUGUGUAAUAUAAUACUCCAUGGACUCUGUUCCGUGGGCAAAGCUGAAGAUGCUUUCGAACUUUAUUUCCAGAUGGAAAAAUGGAAAUGUGUCCCUAAUCUCGUGACACUCAACACCUUGAUGGAGGGAUUUUACAAGGUUAGAGACUGUGAAAAGGCCUCGGAGAUUUGGUCUUGCAUCUCAAAGAAUGGGCUAAGGCCCGAUAUUAUAUCUUACAAUAUUGCUCUCAAAGGACUUUGUACUUGCAGUAGAAUAGCGGAAGCAAUUAGGUUCCUGGAUAAUGCUUUGGUACACGGAAUUAAUCCAACUGUUGUUACUUGGAAUAUACUGGUCCGAGCAGUCAUAAAUCGGGCGACUUAAGUUUGGCUGCCAUGUGAACCUCUGUUAGGGAAUUGCAAGGACUUUCUGAUCUUUGUCAUGAAAAGUCUAAUGUUGCUGAAUAGAUGAACGAUCCAAGUCCUUAUUUCAGAUUCGUUGGUGUUGUUUCAAAUCCAGCGCGGUUGAUAUUAAAUUCAAGUGUAUGUAUAACCGCCCAAUGGAGAGAGGAAGCUGAGUUCAGCAAACUCACACUUCCCAAUUCUCUCUGCUUACCUCAAAUGGGUUUGUAAUUCGGUGGUUGUUCCAUAACAAAGUGAUAAGCUCAGAUGCAUCUUGAAGCAAGUAUGAGCAUCAAACGGGGUAGCUCAGCUACUAGCGUCUUGUUAAUUACAGCUGUAUUACUAAGACGAGAACCCUAUGAUGCGAAAGCAAAGUAGCUUGAUGUAUCAGACUCACGAGGUAAUAUUUCUCUUGGGCCUAUGAACUCAUGCUACAUAGACCAUAACAGCUACAAUUACCUUCCGGCCCUGACUAGAAGAGGAAUGGAUUCUCCUUUAUCUGUCGCUUGAGCCCUGUUCUCCCGUCUUUCUUUAUUAUUUCUGAUGUCACUCUCUUUCACUUCAUAUACAAGGUGCAGCUGCCACACAAAUGUGGCGACGAAGGGAAUACUGAAUCAGCAGAUCAACCAAACUCAUGUAGCAAUCGGGGUAUGUCUCAGCUUUCAAGGAUUCAUAAUUCUCUGUGGUCUUGAACACUCGGUGUUGCCGGAUAGAGAAGCAAAUUGGUAUCACUUCUGAAAGUUCACAACAAGCAGAGGAACAGUUUUCUUUCCGGUUCUCUCCGGGCAUUUUUCCGAUUGCUUCUCGAUGCUCUCGGGUCAAAUAGGCCAAUGUUUUGUCCAAACAACCAGGUGGAGAGAGAGGACUGCCUGAGCUCCGCCAUUUAAAUAGUCCUCGUUACAGCUCUGUUUCUUAGCAACGCACUUAUCCAUAGUGAUUUGACAGUUUAUCCGCUGGAAUUUGUCACGGAGAAGUUUAAUCCAACACUCUUCUAGAUUAAAGUAGA